CGAUUCUCUCACACUCGUUAUCGGCAUCCUGUGGAUGCCACCAGCUUUUUUUUUUUUUGGCGACAACCCAGCAUUGAUUUAUUUCCCUCUACAGUUUCUACAGGUCAACAAACAGUUUAUCUCGAAAAUCGUUAUAUCCCAAUGGCAAAUGAGGGCAAUUCCACAACAACCCAACCAGCACCAUCCGCAGACGACAUCGACGAUCUAUUCGACUACGAUGUUGGCUUAGAUGGGAUUCUGCAAGAAAUCCAGACCAACUCAAGUAACAUCAAUGCACCAAACCCAAACCCACCGGCUGCCCAGGACAACUCGGGAGUAGUCCUAGGACUGGAUGAGGAGGUCAAAGUUGCCAAAAAGCGCCAGCCCGUUGCGAAACUCGAUGAAAGCAGAUUACUCUCACAGGCCGGGAUCCCCAAAUUGCGCCGCUCUGCAAAACAAAAGUUAAAGUUCAAGGGAAAAGGCCACGAGUUCUCCGACCUAGCGCGGCUACUCAACUUCUACCAACUGUGGCUUGACGACCUGUUUCCUCGCGCCAAGUUCGCCGAUGGCCUAACCAUCCUCGAAAGACUCGGUCAUUCCAAACGGAUACAGAUAAUGCGACGGGAAUGGAUCGACGAGGAAAAGCCCAAGAUGGGAGAUGGCGAGAUCCCGGAUCGCUCGCGAUUCGGCCAGCAAAGCAACAACAACAACAACAACAACAACAACGAUAAUGAUAAUGACCUUACAACCCACGACGUUACAAUGACAGAAAACAACCAUGAAUCCGGUCCCAGCAGCGAGUCGGUGAAGGUUGAGUACUCCCGAGAAACAGAUGGUAUAGACAAUGACGAUGACGAUGACGACUUGUUUAUAUCGGACAGAAACGCGCAGAGUCGCUUAACUGCGAAUCAAAGCGCUCCUCCUCAGGAUGACGAGUUUGACGAGUUAGAUGCUUUACUGAGGGAACAAGAAGAUCAAAUAACUGGUGGAGAGAACCCUUCCGCUGCGAUUGAGCACGAUCCAUUUGAAACAGCAAGUCAUGCGGAUGAGCUCGAGGCCAUGGAAGGGAUGGGCCUGUUUGGGGAUACACCCUCCUAGAAAUUACAUCAAGGCCCAUUCACUUUACUGGUGAUUUGAACAAAUCUGUUAUACUCCAUAAUAAUAAAACUUAUUCUGUAAUUGUUGAAAGAUCACUGAUCAACCCUGGGAAGGGAGGGAAAAAAAAAUUAUAUGCAUGCAUUUUGUGCAUUCCUAGCCAUUGCCCAUGCGAAAAAAAAAAAGAAGAGAGAAAAGGAAGAGGGAG